AUGUGGGAGGAGAGGCAUCAGUCAUCAAAAAAAAAACACCACACUGACCUGUUCACUGCUUGACUGCUCAUUUCCACUUACUUCUCAUUGCAGGACACGUAGCUCAUUGUGACCAUGUCUGAGGGACCGAAGAAGUCCAGAUCGAAAUCCAAGUACCCAGCAACACGUAGGCUGCUGCUGAAGACCAAACUUCUAAAGAAGGCAGAGAGUCUCCUGGUAAAGGAAAAAGAGCAGAAGAAAAUAGAGAAAGACAGCACCCUGAACGAGAGAGUGCCUCCUCUAAAGCUCUCUGGACUCUCAGUACAAGAGCUUCAGGAACUUUGUAAAGAUUUGCACCAAAAGAUUGACAUUGUGGAUGAGGCUCGAUAUGACCUUUCGGUAAAAGUGGACAGAAAUGAUUCAGAGAUUCAAUCACUGCAGCAGAAGAUCUACGAACUGAAAGGGAAAAUGAAAAGACCAAAACUGAAAAGAGUAAAAAAGUCAGCGGAUGACAAGUUGGGAGCCCUGACAGACACCAAGCUCAUGAAGGCUGACUUCAAAGUUAACUUGAAAACUGUGAAGAAGGAGGAGGAAAAGAAAGAGGAGGUGACAGACUGGAGGAAGAAUGUGGAAGCCAUGUCUGGGAUGGAGGGCAGGAAGAAACUUUUCAAUGCUGGACAGUGAAUCAACAACCUGCAAAGCUUUUACAAAAUGUAAAUGUUGCAGACUACUAUUGCAAAACUAUGUUUGAUUUAUUAGAAAUAUUUCUUCUGUAUGGACUUACCUUGAUGCGUUUUCUUGUGUGUAUGUUUGUCAGUUUUGUUGUGUGAUUGUGGAAUAUUCCAAACAUGUAAAAUGAUUAAGCAUUUAUGCCUUCUGUAGAAUAUAGUGGAUUUAAAGCUAAAUUAUGGGGCAUAUUAUGACGAGAAAUGGACAAGAUGGUUGAACAACAUCAUAUUCCUUUCAUACCAACUGUGUAAAUAUUUGAUUAAUAUUCAGUGUGAUUAGGCUGAAUAAAUUUACUCAGUGUCCUUGCCAAAUGUGUGUUGAAAGUAUCAUAUACCUAUAUAUUUUUUAAGCAGGUAUAUUAAAAUCACAUGGGAGUUCAAAUUUAAGAUAUUCUUUUAUUCAGUACUGGUUUGAUCCGAAGUUCCAGUUUCAGUUUUUGCAGAGUUUCGCGUUCUUGUUGUUCACAUCAAAUAUGUGAUUUCAGUGAAUUUCUUUCCCAAUAUUAAGGGACUAGUUUAGUCCCAGUGAACCUAUGCUCAGUGUAGUAUCAGACGAGUGGAACUGUUCCUGUUGUUUUCCAUCCUUAAGGUUCAGUGUGUUAUGCUGUUUGCCUUUCUGUCAGCCCAAACCAGUCUGGCCAUAAUCUCUCAUCAUCAAGACAUUUCAAUCUGUAGAACAAAAUGAUUGUAUGCAUUACAUGGCUGUUACAUAAUUGGCUGAUGAAUGAAUAAUUGCAGCUGUCUAGUGUU